GGCAAUAAGGCAUCAGAGUAGCGGGCUUGAAGAAUCGUCGAUGUUACUUAGUAACACUACAUGCGGUCAUUCGCCGAUUAUCUAAGACAAGAUCGCUGGGACUUGCAAGUUCAAUCUAUGCAGAUACUCGACGUCAUACUGCAUGUCGAAUCUUCGAUAUGUCUUGUUUGUCUGUAAGACAAUGCUCUCAUAGCUUUAAGCCUCAAUUCGUCAAGCCACAGCGUAAUAAACUUAUCCACCUAUAACUUCCGAAAGAGGAACCUACCCUAAACGGAUGAGGCUGAUGCUCUCUACCCCUGAAGGUAUUCGUAACCGUUCCUCGAUAUUUUAUAUACUUUACGAUCCAUCUCUUGCUUGAGUUUACGACAUUGAAAUCUAUCAGCUAGAUCAGCCAUGGCGGACAAUGCCCCAGAAGAAAGCAAGGGAGACCAGGAGAAGAAGAAGCCAACCACUAAAGAGAAGCUUCUAGAAGAGAUCACAACACGCAUCGAAGAAUCUAAGAAACUACAAGAAGAAUCCGUUCAACUCCACAAGCAAGCUGAAGAAGCGGAAGACCCCGCCGUUGCCGAGGAUUUCAAGUUUCAGGCCCGCGGCCUUGACAGGAAAGCCGCCAAGCUGCUCAAGACCGCAAAACGGCUCGAGAGCGGGUGGAUGCAAGGCGGCGCCGCCGGGGCCGGGAUAGGGGCUGGUAUUGCUGGUGGGCUAGGUAUGACUGUUGGAUCCCUAGUCAGCGGCUUGGUUGCUAUCCCUACCACCGGUUUAGGCAUCUUGGUUGGUGCGGGCACGGGUUUGGUUCAUGGCCCUUGGGUUAAGUUUUCCCAGGCAUUCAGUAAGGAUGAGGUUGAUGAGAUUGAUAAAGAGGCUGAGGAGGAAGCUAAGCGGAUCAGCGAGGGUUGAUUUGGAUGACAAGGGGAGAAUACGUUGAGGCAUGACGAUUUCAUGAUAUAUGGAUUUAUGACUUGGGAAUAUACGUUAUAUUUGGUCUCUCGUCGGUUAAAAGGGGAGAAAUAGAUACAA